AAAAAAAAAAAAAAAAAAAAAAAAUAGUCAAAGAAGAAUGAAAACCCAUCCUUCGGUUGUAAUGAACGAUUUAAAUUUUUCCCCCUGGCACGCAAACACGACGCCACUCCGUUGAAUGGAUAUCCGAUACCUGAUGUUUUUCCUACUGCAUGUGUCCUGUAUGAUCAGCCUCAACGUGAUUCUGAUAUAUUUUUACAUUUACGUGCUGAACGAGCGCAAGAAGAACAACAGCCAGUCGUCCUCGUCUACUUGAUCGAGCAAGGGAGACGCAGCCAUGAAAUUCGUCACUUUCGUCUUUGUAAUGCUCGCGCCGCUCCUCAGUUUGAUCAUCCAAAAGAUGUAUCUGAUCGAAGUCGAUCCCAUUGAUUUUGUGUGCGAGCACCAGAAACAGAUCAAAGGGGAUCCCGACGGGCUCUUUGAAUUCCUCACCACGUCGCUGGGAAUGGAAAAGUUGCUGCCUUGGUUGUCGAGGUUCAAGGAAGCAGACACGCGACUCGUGGGUCUUGGCAAGUCGUACCGGGCAACGCUGAACACCCCCAUUUUGGGGGAGGAGCGAGUUUACGCCACGCUGACGGAGUACAAGCCGCGGAAACGGCUCGCCCUUGAGUUCGACGACCUCAUGAGACGGAGCGUGGUCAUUCGGUUGCGCAGCUACCACGAUCGCACCCUCCUCCAGGCCAGCGUUUACUUUCGCCGGACCUCGUUCCUCUAUCAGUAUACCGUUGGAUACAUAAUGAGGAUGGUGAUGAAAAGUCAAUUGGAAAAAUCAAUGAAGAAUUUUGCGAUACUACACGCAAAUCUCGACGGGCCCAACCAGAUUCCUAAUUUUUCCAAGAGUCGCGUUCAACGCGUGUGAAUUAACAAACGAUAAAUCAACACAAUAAUCGUAGCGAAGAUUAAGAUCCACAACACUACUGCAUUCGAGUUGUUAACCAUUCAAAGUUAUAAAUGUACCUACCUGUUGUAUCAAGAUAACUCUGUAUCAUGAGGUCUCGUGAAACAAUUAUAAAUAAUAAUAAAUUGAGAAAAUUUUAUCUUGUUAA